UGUCACCAAAUGGUUUAUGAAUAACAUCUGGAGAAACACACUCAACUGAUUUGCACUUGACUCCAAGGAUUUGCCAAGAAGAGACUGCAAAACUCAACAAGGCUAUGUGGAGGCUCCACCUUCUUGGACUGAGCAGUUACUGGUUCCUUCAGCUCUUCCGCCUGCAAAAGACCAUUGUGGGACUAUCCAGCUUCUGAUCUUAUGCUCAGGAUGCUCCAGAUUCUAUGUUGGUGAAAAACACAGUUGAUGGCAAGGAAGGAGGGCAAACCUUUGGCUUUGAGGCGCAAGAAGAAAGAGAGACUUGAACAACAGACCACUGGGAAGAGUUACCUGAGAGACGUUCUUCGCGAGAGUCCUCGCGGUGGUUUCCCGCUUCAACAGUGCUUGGACGGAACCCAGAGCUCGACUUCCACGGCUGGCUGCUCAGAGGCAGCAUCCCUUCGCCGCCACUUCACAGCGCCCUCAGACCGCCCCCGGCCUCGGCCCCGGCUCCAGCGCCGUGCCUGUCCGCAGCCUCCCAUCAUGACCACCACGUCCCCCUCGCAGGUGUGCCAGAACUACCACCAGGACUCGGAGGCCGCCAUCAACCGCCAGAUCAACCUGGAGCUCUACGCCUCCUACGUCUACCUGUCCAUGUCUUACUACUUUGACCGCGAUGAUGUGGCUUUGAAGAACUUCGCCAGAUAUUUUCUGCACCAGUCUCAGGAGGAGAGGGAACAUGCCGAGAAACUAAUGAAGCUGCAGAACCAACGAGGUGGCCGAAUCUUCCUUCAGGAUAUCAAGAAACCAGACCGCGACGACUGGGAGAGUGGGCUCAAUGCCAUGGAGUGUGCUUUGCAUUUGGAGAAAAAUGUGAACCAGUCACUUCUGGAACUGCACGAACUGGCCGCUGACAAAAAUGACCCCCACUUGUGUGACUUCAUUGAGACUCAUUACCUGGAUGAGCAGGUGAAAUCCAUCAAAGAAUUGGGUGACCACGUAACCACCUUGCGCAAGAUGGGAGCCCCAGAAUCGGGCAUGGCAGAGUAUCUCUUUGACAAGCACACCCUGGGAGAAAGUGAUAACAAGAGCUAAACCUUAGGCUGACUUUCCCAAGGCCAGGGAAGUGACUUCCCUGGUCACCAAGGCAGUGCAUGCAUGUUGGGGUUACCUUUACCUUUUCUAUAAGUUGUACCAAAACAUCCACUUAUGUUCUUUAAUUUGUACCAUUCCUUCAAAUAAAGACAUUUGGUAACCCCCCCAAAAAAAUUAA